CCCAGUUUGGCAUGUCCUGCUCAAGCCAAACACACUUCUCUCUCUCUCUCUCUCUCUCUCUCUCUAAAUCUCUUCCUUUUGCUCAUUAGCUAGUAAAGGAACUAAAAUGGCCAUUUCCUCUAGGGCUUUUGCUUCUCUACUACUUGCUCUCCUCCUACUUGGGAGCGCGUCGGCGCAGCUCUCGACGAAUUUCUACUCGUCGUCUUGCCCAAAAGUCUUUAGCACGGUGCAGUCGGUCGUGAAGGCCGCGAUACAAAAGGAGAAGCGGAUGGGCGCCUCCCUCCUCCGCCUCUUUUUUCACGACUGUUUUGUUAAUGGCUGCGACGGUUCACUAUUGCUCGACGACACGGCCAACUUCACCGGCGAGAAGAUGGCGAAGCCCAAUAACGGCUCGGUGCGCGGGUUCGAUGUCGUCGACAACAUAAAGUCUGCGGUCGAGAAUGUGUGCCCCGGCGUGGUAUCUUGCGCCGACAUACUGGCGAUCACCUCACGAGAUUCGGUUGUCAUACUUGGAGGGCCAAAUUGGAAUGUGAAGUUGGGGAGGAGGGAUUCAACAACAGCAAGCCUCUCUGGUGCUAACAAUAACAUUCCUUUUCCAUCUAAUAGUCUUAGCACUCUCAUCUCCAAAUUCUCAGCUCAGGGUCUCUCCACCAAGGACAUGGUUGCACUAUCUGGUGCUCACACCAUAGGCCAAGCACGGUGCACCAACUUCCGCGCCCACGUAUACAACGACACCGACAUCAACGCCUCCUUCGCGAAGUCGCGGCAAUCGAAUUGCCCACAAACAUCUGGCUCGGGCGACAACAACUUGGCCCCGCUCGAUCUGCAGACACCGACGGUGUUCGACAACGACUACUACAAGAAUCUCGUCGUGUUUAAGGGCCUGCUGCACUCCGACCAGGAGCUCUUCAACAACGGGUCGACCGACUCACAGGUGCAGUCCUACAGCAGCAGUUCGAGCUCGUUCUUUUCGGAUUUCGUCACGGGGAUGAUCAACAUGGGCGACAUUACCCCCCUCACGGGAUCGAACGGCGAGAUCAGGAAGAAUUGCAGGAAGAUCAACUAAAUUGAACGAGGUAACGAACGGUCGAUCGCUUGCUGCAGUAAGAAUAAAGAUAUCAGAAGAUUAUAUGGAUGGUUUAUUUUUAUUUUUAUUUUUUAUUUUUACAAAGAAGUGUAAGAAUUUGAUGUGUUUAAUUAAUGUGGAAGUGAUCAGUGGUGUUUUGGCUUUGAGAAUGUUUGUUUGUUUUUGUACUAACAUGUAUAAUUAAGCGCAUGAGGUUGGCUCAAAAUUAAGUUAUUAUUUAUUAGUGAAA